AUGAGUAAAGGUAAAUUACAAAAAUCAGUUCACUAUGCUGAAGAAGAAGCUUUUGAAGAAGAGGAUGGAAACGACUUACAUAACAUACAUUUACUUUCAAAUUCAAAAGACAGAGGUAAAUUCAAUGCAAAAUUAUCAGUGGAUGGCAAGGAGAUGUUAUUCGAAUUAGACACAGGCGCAUCAUUGAGCUCCAUUUCCCUAAAAGACUUUCAACACAAUUUUCCGAACAAAAAGCUUCUAUCAACUGCAGUUGAACUACGCACAUACACAGGAGAAAUAAUAAAACCGUGUGGCGUAGCUUUUGUGAAAUGCAACUACAAGGGACAAAGAUUCAUUGGGAAGCUAUACGUAAUAGAUCACCAAGUUGAUGCUAUAUUUGGACGAGAGUGGAUGAGAGAGGUGAAACUUGAUUGGGCAGACAUGAGGGCAGUUGAAGAAACAAAUGGAUCUCAGCUGACAUCCUUACUUGAAGAAUAUGAAGAUAUUUUCAAGACAGAGAUUGGAGAGAUUCCUGACUUCAAAGCUAAAUUUCAGGUGAUGGAAAACACUAUACCUAUUUACAUAAAGCCUAGACAAGUACCGUACGCAAUAAAAUGUAAGGUCGAGAGGGAGAUUGAACGAUUGGAACGUGAACACAUCAUUACUAAGGUAGAAAACUCUGCUUGGGGAACCCCUGUGGUUCCAGUAAUAAAACCAAAUGGCAAUGUGAGAUUAUGUGCCGACUACAAGGUUACACUCAAUAAAGUAAUUGAAGAGGUAAACUAUCCCAUACCAAGAAUAGAAGACAUUUUCUCAAACAUGAGUGGAGGGAAAUACUUUUGUACACUUGACAUAAGUAAUGCGUACUUACAUAUGGUAAUGGACGAUGAAAGUGCUAAAAUGCAAACCUUAAGCACACACAAAGGACUUUUUAAGGUAAAUCGCCUUAUGUUUGGAGUGAAGGUCGCUCCAUCUCUCUGGCAAAGAUUCAUGGACUCAACAUUACAAGGUCUGGAUGGAGUACAGUGUUUCUUUGACGACAUACUCGUACAAGGAUCUACGUUUGAUGAAACUUUACAAAGAUUAAAACAAGUACUGAAUGUGUUACGUAGCAAGAAUCUACGAUUGAACAGAGAGAAAUGCAAAUUCUUCCAGAAGAGCAUAAAAUAUUUGGGACACGUGAUUGAUAACAAUGGUUUACACAAGAGUACUGAAAAAGUUGAAGCAAUAACUAAUGCAAAACGACCUUCGAACAUCAAUGAACUACGAUCAUUCCUGGGUUUGGUGACUUACUACAGUAAGUUUAUUUCAUGCUUUUCUGAUAUAGUUUAUCCUUUGAACAAUUUGCUAAAGAAGAACAAACCAUUUAAGUGGACAUCACCUUGUGAACAAAGCUUCAAGAAAGUGAAAGAAGAAAUUGCAAAUGAACGGACAUUAGCUCAUUUUGAUCCUUCGCUACCCUUGGUUCUUGCUACAGAUGCUUCUCCAGUAGGACUUGGGGCUGUCCUAUCACAUCGAAUGAAAGAUGGCAGUGAAAGACCAAUAGACCAACUAGACCAAAAGACCAAUAAACUACAUGCUUUUCUGAUAUAG